GGACCUGCAGACUCUCUCUCUCUCGCUCUCUCGCACUUUUAUCUUUUGCUCUGUAAAACUGAAGAUGAGGAAAAUGGCAGCGAAGAAAUCCAUCGUCUCAAUACGCCUCAUCCUUCUCUUGACCUCCUCUCUGUGCAUCUCUUCCAUCCCCUCAAACUCAUACUUAACAGACCCACCACCAACACCGACGCCAUGGCCUCACCAGUUUCACUCCCUCCUCUACAUGAACUCCAGUGGAACCCUACAAAUUGUCGAUCUCUGGUACGACUGGCCCAACGGCCGCAACUUCAACAUCAUACAGAAUCAACUUGGUAAGCUUCUUUACGAUCUUGAAUGGAACAAUGGAACUUCCUUCUACUACACCCUGGACUCCAACCAGGAAUGCAGGAUCCGCCAUUUCGAAGUGGGGAUCCUUAGACCCAACUGGCUAGAUGGUGCAAAUUACCUAGGCCAAGAAUACGUUGAUGGGUUCCUUUGUAAUGUAUGGGAGAAGGUCGACUUCAUUUGGUACUACGAAGAUGUUGUCACCAAGAGGCCCGUCCAUUGGCUUUUCUUCACAGGAAUGUCUGCCCAUGUGAUGACAUUCGAAGUAGGAGCAGUGCUCGAGGAUGAGAAAUGGCAAGCCCCAGUAUAUUGCUUUAAAAAUGAGGAGGAAAGGAACAAGCUACAAUCUGUAAUCCCUGGUGGUUCUCAAAAGGGUUUGGCGGAUAGCGGGGCUUUCAGAGGUUUAAUGGGAUGGUAUUGAUUAUAAUCUAAUGGUGUUCCCUGUCCCGAUAUGUCUAUCAUUAAAACUAAUAAAUUUCAUGCAUCUUUCCUUUGAGAAGAAAGUGUAGACCGGGUGUUUCAAUUCGGAUUCAAAUGGCUCUGCUUUGCUAUUUCAAAUUUCAAUCGUUGGUUGUUCUUGACUUCA